UAUUGAGUAUAAAUAGCAGUUGGAAAUAGUCAUCGAACUAGUCGAGGAAAUUGUUCGCAUUUCCAAGUUUCUUGGGACAACAGUGUCCUAAAGAUCGAAAAAAAUGAAGACCAUCGUCAUCCUACUUUUUACAUUAUGCAUCGUUUCUUAUAUGCAGAUGGUUCGUUGUGACAAUGUCGACGAUAUAUCACUGUGUUUGGAACAAGAGAAUCUCACUUUGGACGAUAUUCAACCCUUACUCGAGGAUAAAAAUGAAAGAACGAUAAGAAAGCGAGGGUGCAUCGAAGCCUGUCUUUUCCAUAGGAUGGCUCUGAUGAAUGGUAACGUCUUCGACAUGCAGAAAUUCGAUAUAUAUUUAAACGACAUGGAGGACAAUCAAAAAGAGAAUAUACGAAACAUUAUACAGCAAUGUGUCAAUGAUGCUAAGAACGAGGAUAAGUGCUUGGUCGCUCAAAAAUUUACCAAAUGUCUUAUCGAUUACGUGAAAUUCUACAUCAAACAAUUUAUGUACUCGUUUCACUCAAACUCAACGAGCGAAGAAGAGCGCAACAACAACUUUCCUUGAUCUAACCACUACAAGAUAAAUUAAUUGUAUAAAAACUUUUAAUAAAGUAACGAAUAUCUAAACGAU